CCGCCCGCCCCCCACGCUGGGUCCCCCCGCCUGAUUUUGCCCUCGCAGAGCCGCUAGCUCGGGAGCGAGUCAUGGUGGGUGCACUGGUGUUGGCGUGGCUGCUCCUAUCGGCCGCGGCCUGCGCGCAGCGGGAGCAGGACUUCUACGACUUCAAGGCGGUCAACAUCCGGGGCAAGUUGGUGUCGCUGGAGAAGUACCGCGGUUCGGUGUCCCUGGUAGUGAACGUGGCUAGCGAGUGCGGCUUCACAGACCAGCACUACAGAGCCUUGCAGCAGCUGCAGCGGGACCUGGGGCCCCAUCACUUCAAUGUGCUUGCGUUCCCCUGCAACCAGUUUGGCCAGCAGGAGCCCGAUAGCAACAAGGAGAUCGAGAGCUUCGCCCGCCGCACCUAUGGUGUCUCUUUCCCCAUGUUUAGCAAGGUCGCAGUUACUGGCACUGGUGCCCACCCUGCCUUCAAGUACCUGAUCCAGACUUCUGGGAAGGAGCCCACCUGGAACUUCUGGAAGUACCUAGUGGCCCCAGAUGGAAAGGUAGUAGGGGCUUGGGACCCAACUGUGUCCGUGGAGGAAAUCAGGCCCCAGAUCACAGCACUCGUGAGGAAGCUCAUCCUGAAGAAGCGAGAAGACUUAUAACCACUUUCUCUCCUCUCCCACUGUCCCAUUCCCCCCACCCUACACCUUGGAUGGUGACCAAAGCAAACUCAGUCGUGCUCAAUGGUGCUCGGAGGGAGGGCCUAUGGACUCUCCUUCCUCCACUUUUAUCCCAUGUACCCUAUCCUUCCUAUGAGGGAAAAGUCUGGUAUUUUGUAUUUGAGUCUUAGAACAACCUUUAGGAACUCCUGGCCAGUGAGAGCUCUUGACCAAUGAAUCACCAGCCAAUAAGCACCUCUAGCCCAUGAAAACAUGUGGCAAAUAGAAGUAUAUCAAGCAAUAAUCUGCUGCCUAUUAAGAACUCUAUAAGAUGGGACCAAUUCCUACCUCACAGGGCUGUGGUGAGGAUGAGUAUGAACAACCUAUGAAAGGUGCCUAGGGCAGUGCCAGCUCACUAGGAGCAUUCAAUAAAUGUUUUUUGCAUAUGAACCAAAAAAUAACUUGUAAUCAAUAAAAACUUGCACCCAA